UUAAAAAGAUAUCAUUUAAUACAGAAAAAUGGCUGUCAGAAUUCAUUUACUUUGCCUGGUGCUUUGUGGAUUUACGGUCUCAGAGAGACCUCUUACUUAUAAUACUGCUCCUGCACCUUUGGAUUUUGGUUUUGUACCCACUGGAAGCUACGAUACCAAUGCCUACCAUGAGCCUGGGCCUAUAGGGUUAUUAUUUCAUAUAGUACAGGGAUUCUUGUAUAUAGUUCAACCUAACUCUUUCCCGCAAGAACUUGUGAAAAAGAUAGCACAACAAAAGUUUGCUGAAACACGCAGUGACUAUCAAAAGACGCUACAUUAUGAGGUUGGCUUUAUUAUCGCUGCUGCAGUAGGAGUGCUCUUUUUUCUGCUGAUGCCUCUGGUGGGUCUUUGCUUUUGCAUGUGUCGUUGCUGUGACAACUGUGGUGGAGAAAUGCAUCAAAGACAAAAGAAAAACGCUGACUGUCAGAGGGGCUGUUUUGCAACAUUUCUUUUUGUUACAUCGCUACUAAUUAGUGUUGGUGUACUUUGUGCCUAUGCUGCAAAUCAGAACCUCACAAACCAAAUCAGGGAAUCCAGAAAACUGGUGCAAAGCAACUUUAAAGACCUAAGAACAUUAAUUCAUGAUACCCCAAUGCAAAUCGACUUUGUACUGAACAAAUUUAACAUGACCAAGGACAAGGCGCUGUUAGAGCUUAACAAUGUCGGACCCCUACUCAGCGAGCGAGUUCAUGAACACCUAGCAAAAGACGUGCGCCCUGCUUUUGACGCUGUUCUUACCAUAGCCGGAGCAAUCAGAGAGACAAAAGAGGCUUUGGAAAAUGUAAGUGUGGCCGUAGAAGUACUGCAAGAAGCCACCAACAGAUUGCAUGCAAACCUUACUGAAGCCAAGUUGCAACUCAACAGCACACUCAGUGAUCCGGCCUGCUCAACUGAUGUUGCUAUGAAGCCGUGUAAUGUUAUAAAAAACUCUUUAAGCCAGUUAACGAUCAAUUCAAAUUUCAGCGCGUUACCGGAUGUAAGCCCACAUCUGUUCAAGUUAAAUAAUGUCCUCAGAACUGAUCUCAGCAACUUGGUUCAAAAGGGUUAUGCUGCAUUUAAUAAUACACCAGAAAUGGUACAUAACCAGACAAGAAAUAUUGAAGAAGAUGUGAAAAAUAUUUUGGAUUCUGUUGGUUCUAAUAUCACAAACUUUUCCAAAAUGAUUCCCGUCCUUCAUGUGCUAUCCAACUUAACAUCCUAUCUUACUCAGAGUGAAAUGUAUGUUCGGGAUUAUUACCCUGUGGUUGAGCAGUAUGAUUUUUACAGGUGGCUGGGAUCUCUUGUCCUCUGCUGUAUGAUGACUUUAAUUGUUAUCUUUUACUACUUGGGAUUACUUUGUGGUUCUUGUGGUUAUGACCAACACGCUUCCCCAACUGCGCGAGGAUGCAUUUCUAAUACUGGAGGCAAUUUCCUUAUGGCUGGUGUCGGUUUUAGCUUCCUGUUUUCCUGGGUGAUCAUGCUAAUUGUGCUGGUUACGUUUCUGGUCGGUGGGAAUAUUGAAAAACUUGUUUGUGAACCUUUUCAAGACAAGUCUUUGUUUAAGGUUUUGGACACCCCCUACCUAAUAAACUCACAAUGGAAAAAUUACCUGUCUGGGAUCUUGUUUCACAAUCCUAAUGUAAAUCUGACUUUUGAAAAAGUUUACAGUGAAUGCAAAGAGAACAAAGGCAUUUUUACCGCACUCCAAAUUGAUAAUAUUUUUAACCUAAAUGAGUUUUUGAACCUCAGCAUGUACAUUGAUGACAUUUCUGAUAGAAUUGAUAUGCUGAAUAUAAACUUGAGUAAUGUUAUAUUACUGGAUGAAAAAGGAAAACGGAAUUUAGAAGAUUUUAGUGCAACAGGAAUUGCUGAUAUAGACUUUGAUGCGUUUCUAUCAGAGGUAAGCAAAAGUAGCACAAAAGUGGAUCUUCUGGCAUUUGCUAAUGAACUCGAAGAAAAUGCAGACAUGUUGCCAAAAGGAGCUUUAGGAAAUGCAUUAAAAGGACAUGCAAGUAGUAUACGACUCAUCCAUAUUCAGCAAGUUGUUCCACUGGAGCAGGCAAUGAAAUAUGUUAAAGCUAGGAGCACAUUAAAUCAGAGCAUUAAAUUGUUACAAAGGACAGCAUUUGAUCUUGAGGGAAAAGUAAUUGAUGUAAUCACAUCAAUUGAUGCGGCUCAGAUGCUGAUAAACAACAAUGCCUCCUUAAUUAUAAAACAGGAGUCCAGAAAAUUUAUGGAUACAGUGAUUGGCUACUUUGUUCAUUACGUCCAAUGGGUGAAAGAUUCGAUUGCCUUGGACGUAGCAGGAUGUAAACCCAUAGCAAAUGUAGUUGAUACGGCUGUAGAUGUCUUCUUAUGCAGCUACAUAGUAGAUUCUGUGAACUCCUUUUGGUUUGGAUUGGGAGGUGCUACAGUCUUCUUAAUUCCAGGCAUCAUUUUUGCUAUUAAGUUGGCAAAAUUCUAUCGCAGGAUGGACACAGAAGAUGUUUAUGAUGAUGUUGAAACAGUUCCUAUGAAAAAUAUGGAAAAUGGUAAUAAUGGUUAUCAUAAUGGGUAUUUGUAUGGUAUUCACAACCCUAUUAUGGCAAGCAUGUCUUCAUAUGACACCCUGAAUAGAUUCCCUCGCGCUUCUGCCCCCCCAUGUCCAGAUGAUUGAUGUAUCCUACCCACUGGUUUGAGAAUGUGAAGCGCUAUUGAACAGUGGUAGAAGACACUGGAAAACCGUUGCAGGUUCAGGAUUCAAGCUGUGCACAUGAAGAUGGAAUGCUGCUUUAGUUGGUGCAAUGUGCGCCCUUUAUGCUAUGAGUAGCAAAUUACAAGCCUGUGCUGUAACAAAGAAAUUCAUGGAAAUUCUCACUUUCCAUCCAAGAUGAAAAAUCUCGGUGCAACAAACACAAAGUUCUGAUUUGUUAAAAAUAAACUGAAUUCAUCCACUGCCAAGAAAAACUGAACAUAUAACAGUAAGGGAUAAUAUGAGUUUACACUAGAGCUAGCUUUUAUAUCAAGGAUUUUUUUUAAAUUAUUUUCACUAUUUAUUUUAGUAGAUUAGUUUUACAUAUUUUCCACAAGGUAUUACAGCAUAACAUAUUCAACAUUAAAAAACACAAAGCAUGGUUCAUUUAGAUAUAUAUUGUUUAAUAUGAAAUGUUUUCUGCUAAUAUUAUUUUUAAAAUUCCCUUGAAAAUGUCUUGUCGCUAUUCUAAAUUUUAACAGCCAUUUCCAUCCACAAUACGAUUUGUAUGUUCUGUUUAUGUAUUAAAAGAAAAAAGAAAAAAGCCCUGGAAAUAUCUGAAUUACUAUACUGUGAUAUUUAUAUAUUUAUCUCACAAAGUAUAUUUGUAUGAAAAUACAAUAGACCAGGUUUGUCCUGUUAUUUUGGCAUCUGGAUCACUGGACAAGCACAGACUCUCCAAACAGUAUUAAAUCUACAUUAUUAAUUAGAUGUCAGGAAUGGAUUUGCUCAACCAAACCAUAGUUUUAACUUAAAUAGAGUUAAUUAAAGGAAAUUAAAUGUACUUAUAUUAUCAA